AUGCAGUUGAAGAAUGUGAAGAUUGCGAAGGACAGUUUGUCUCUUCUUAUUUUCUGGUUCCGGAAUCUGAUGGUUCUAGCAGGUUUCAUAAUUAAUUCUGCUGAAUUUAGACUAGAGUUAACUGAAAAGAAAAAACUGCAGAUCGCAAAUCUGACUAAUCAAUUCAAGAUAGGAAGUUGCUAUAAAAUUCGUGAGGUGGCUAGAGUACUCGGGGUGCUAACAGCGGCAUGUCCGGCGACAGCAUACGGCUCAAUUUACUGUAAACGUUUAGAAAGACAGAAAUUCUUGGCACUACUCCUAAAUGACAAUGAUUAUGAAGGAAAGAUUUAUAUAAAUAAAGCCAUGUCUGAUGACUUACUCUGGUGGAAAGAAAACUCACAGACAGGGUGCAACCCUAUUAGAAUUCUUAAAUUCGCCCUAGAAAUUUCUUCAGAUGCUUCAUUAACUGACUGGGGAGCUCACUGUCAAGGAUCUAGUAGCCAAGGUUUCUGGAAUCGACAUGAGAAACAUUAUAGUAUCAAUUACCUUGAAUUACUAGCGGCUUUCUUUGCACUUAAAUGUUUUGCUCCUUCAUUGUAUAACUGCGAAAUUCUGCUAAGAAUGGAUAAUACAUCUGCAAUAUCUUACAUAAAUAGAACAGGAGGUGUUCAAUUUCCUCACCUUAGUGAGUUAGCCAAAAAGAUCUGGCAGUGGUGCAAAAGCCGAAAAAUUUGGAUCUUUGCAUCGUAUAUUCCCUCAAAACAAAACGUGGAGGCGGAUGCGGCUUCUAGAGUAACUAAUAUAGAUACUGAGUGGGAAUUAGCUCCUGAAGCUUUUAAAAAAUUAAAUAAAGAAUGGGGUCCAUUUACAAUAGACCUAUUUGCUUCUAGAUCGAACAGAAAAUGUAAGCGUUUUUACUCUAGAUAUCCGCAACCGGAUGCAGAGGUGACGAUGGUCACACCCGCUGGCGUCAAAACUUUCAUUGGUGGUAGGGAACUUAUCCGGAUGGCGUUCCUGAAGAAAGGAAUCAAUGAAGACUCAGUGGAUAUUAUGAUUAACUCCAUAACAGUUUCGACACUCAAACAAUAUCAAGCUCAUCUAAAAUUAUGGUGGGACUUUGCAUCGGUAAACAGCAUUAAUAUGUUUCAAGCAGAUACGCCCGCGAUUAUAAGUUUUUUAACAAAAAGAUUCAAAGAAGGCGCUAGCUAUGGGAUUUUCAAACAAAAACCUACAAAACCCAAGUACUCUAGCAUCUGGGACACUGCACCGGUACUUAACUAUUUAGAAAAUAUUAAUCCUUUGAACCAAUUUAAGGCCAAAGAAGUAGCAGAAAAGACUGCGACACUUUUAGCAUUAGCUACCGCACAUAGACUUCAAACAUUAGCUUUAAUAAAGACAGAUAAUAUUUUGAUUUCAAGUACUGGUAUUACUAUUAAAAUACCAGACUUGAUAAAAACUUCAAAACUAA